AUGAUUCUGAAAUGGAUUGUGUCCAUUUUGGUUGCCAUGUGCGGGGUAAGUUACUGGCAGUAUAUCGCUAGCAGAUGUUACUGUACCAGCAAUGCUGUGCUCGACGGCAGGACGGCCAUUAUUACGGGAGGUAACUCUGGUAUCGGUCGGGAGACGGCAUUGGACUUGGCCCAGCGAGGAGCUCGGGUCAUCCUCGCCUGUCGCAAUCUACAGAAGGCCGAAGACGUAGCGAAGGACAUCAAGAGUAGUAUGGGUAACUCGCAAGUUGUGGUCCGUCAUCUCGAUCUGUCCAGCUUGCAGUCGGUCAGAGAGUUCGCCCAACAGAUCAUUGAAACUGAGGACAGACUCGACCUUCUCAUUAAUAAUGCUGUUGUAGGUAAAGCUCUAUCGACAUGGCAAGAGUGCGAGGUCGCUACAUAG